CCAUAGUAGUUGUGUACGUUUGUCGGUUAAAUAAUGACCGUUUACAUUUUAUUAUAACAAACGCGUACAAUAUGUAUACACUUAUAAAUAUUUGUGUGUUGUAUGAUACACAAUAAUAUACAGGUGAACAGAAGUGCACAGAUAUCUCGUCUCAAGAAAAUUGCCCAUCAAUAAUCUCGUCGGGGCAGUCGUAUACUAGUGCCAGCAGUACGUUACUGCCGGAUUUGUAGGCUGUCGCCGUUCAAUAAUAAAUACCUAAUAUUGUACGUUAUAAUGUCAUACAGCGGUGUCCCGUGACGCGUUCACGCAGGUCAGCUACAUUUUUAAUAAUAUUUUAACCUACUGAACAAAGGUAUACAAGCAGGCUACACCGCGUACGGCCCCGAACAUCAUCAUGACCGCGGAUACCGACACUGACGAUUGCGAUGCGACCCAAUCACCGCCGACGGGCCUGAUGCGCGACAUAUUCCGGUCGGUUAAUAGUUUGAUGCCGGUUCCAUUCACUGGUUGCCGGAUCCACAUGCUUGCCAAGGCUGAACGGCUGGGGUGGCCGAUCACGACGGUGUUUAAGAUGGAUACGAACGGCCCCAAGCCAACCGGCGUGUGGGUGUCAGCUUUGUAUGAAAUGGCACAGUGGCGGGGCCUGACAGCGUCCGCCAUGACAGACCUGCACCCCAAGUCGGGCAGAUGGAACUUCGAGGCGAUCAGCCGGUUGGAAACCGGUGACAACUGGCUGGACGCAUCCUUGACCGGACAGGUGUGCGGAUGGAGCCAUCCGGUUAAGUUACAUGUCAACAUAGACUAUUGGUUUCCGACCAGGACGCUAUCCUUAUCCAUCGACCCCCUGUUCAAGCACUGUGCCUUCCAAGUCUUGCAAUCAAUAACGGAUCGGCUGUCGCUGGGCGUAAAUCUGGCGUUUAAAAGGGACAUCACGUGCGGCUUCAGUGAGUCUCAGUUACGGCCAAAUCUGGUGGCCAAGUAUGCCGGGCCCAAUUACUUGGUCAGCGGUAGAUUGAAGACAACAAGCUGGGCCACUAAGCUGGCUUUCUAUCAUCAUUGCACCGACUGGCUGCAAACGGGCACCAUGGUCGAACUGAACCCGGCCAGCUCGGUGGUUACUACCCGGUUGGCGUUUCGCAUUCUGUCCGACACGUCCGUUUUUCGGGCGGCUAUCGACACAAACGGCAUCGUCAGUAGCCUGUGGGAGAAGCGGCUGGGCGAUCGGAUGGCUGUGUCGUUGAGUACGUUCCUGAACCACGCGGUGGAGGACCACUACGGAGUGGGCAUAGGUCUGUCAUUCGAAUAACAUAUAAUGAAAUGAUCAUUAUCGUCCGCAUUCACGCCCAUACAUUGUUGUACGGUUUAUGGUCAUUUUGUCGUUGUUACCAUUACAAUUGAAUUAGAUAUUAAUAAAAUAUGUAUUUAAUAUAA